AUGGCUGCUGAAUCAGCAUGUCAAAGCACCGAUGCUUCAAAUGAUCAAGUAAUUUAUGAAAGUACUGUGCUUCUUCCUAAAGAAAAUUUUCACUUCGCAGAUAUUACUAUAGAUAGUGUUUCUAAACGCCUACAAAAACUAAAGGUCUCAAAAGCGACAGGUAUGGAUGGAAUACCUGCGAAUAUUUGAAAACUGACAUCAACCCUUAUUGCUCCAUCUAUAACUUUUAUAUUUAACCUGUCGAUUAGAACUGAUAUUUGUAUAGAUGAGUGGAAAUUAGCUAGAGUUAUACCAAUUUACAAAUCUGAGGAUAAGCGUAAAUGCGAAGACCUCUACACUGCCUCCCGCCUCGUCACCGGCUUUGGGAUGGCCAACAUAGAUCUCCAGUGUCACUGUCGUGCCAAUGCAGAAACCCUUGAGCAUCUCUUCUUUGAGUGUCGAUGCGCUCGUAUCUUGGUCGGCUGGGUAUAUUUCAACUUGAUGCAGUACGACGGUUCGGCAACACCCUUCACGGUCGACGAGUUGUUGUUCGGUGUUUCUCGUGCGAGGCGUAAGCGUAUGCCCCAAAUCAUCAUCUGGAUGCUCCAGGUGGUGAAACACUACCUGUGGGUUGCGCGGAACGACUUCCGCUUUCGGGAUAAACGCCGCACCGAAGCGGAUUGUCUGAAGGCAAUCAUUGCGCGUUUGAAAUUUUUGCUCAAAGUGCUCGCCAGCCGCUGUCGUUCUCCUUCUCAAAUUCGGUCGUUUGAGAAGCAGUGGUUGGCAAAUAAUACUCUCGGGCACUUUGAGGGCGAGAAGCUGGUCUUCUCAUUUUAACUUAUUUCCCUAGGUUAGCUAGCCUCGUCCUCGUUCUGUGAACGGGGGUCGCCUUCGUUGGUUGUACUGCCGGAAUCGAUUCGUUGUCUUCUUGUGCUAGCUGGCUUAGUCUUUUCUUUGCCCUUCCGUGAACGGCGGUCGCCUUCAUUGGUUGUACUGCCCGGAUCGGUUCGGUGUUCUUGUGUCUUCUUUUUAGCUUUUUUAAAGCUUUUUUAACCUAGCUUAGCGGUAGCUUAGCUAUUUUACAUUCAGAAGCGUAGCCAGAUUAGAUUUAUGAUCUAGGUCUAAAUAUACCAUUGUGCCGCGUCAGAAUAAUAAAGAAUGGCCGGUAUAUUUAGAACGGAGGUGGGGAUCGUCCCCCCAGUUGUUUUCGUGCUGGUUGCGCCCUCCGAAAUCCGAGGAACCCAUUGCACGUCUCCCCAGUGGGAGCGGGUUUGUCGCAUUUAAACAUAAAACUUAAGAGGCUGUCUCCGUAAAAACCUCGAGGUUAAUAUGGGGCUCAAAAAUAGAUUGCUCUCAUACUCUAGUAUUUUGAAGAUCUAUCCUUGGGAACAACUCAAAUCGAUGUCAUUUUACUCAAAUUUUCUUUAAAUUAUUUUUGGGGGUGAUUGAUGUUCGAUCGACUGGUAACCAAUUUGAUACUCCGAAUGAAGGCCAAAUGUCGACAUAUUUUCGGCGCUAUUUUUCAAAUCAAAUUCAUACCUAAAUUUCAAAAUUUUUGCUCAGAAAUAUAGACUUAUACUUCUAUUCUCGUCGGUGAUACAACUUAGAUCAUUAUUCUUUGGUAUAAAAUAGAAAACAGCGCAGUUAUUGACCCUCCCGAACGGAUAAAGGAUAUCGUCUCAAAAUAUGUCAACUUCGAAAGCUUAUUUCAAAAUCGUGGCACUUGGUUGGCACAUGACUUUAACUUUUCUAUAAACUACUAACAUUAGUCAACACAAAUCGCCAAUAAUAUCUUUCUGCUCUACCAUUUGACAAAAAUGACAAGCGCGCAAACUUUGUAAAAUUUGAAAAUGUGUCGAAAUCGAGCAUACUUUAUUGGUAAACAUAAUUAUUGAUAUUAACAGAUAAAAUCACCUUACACUACAGUACACUACACUGAAUGAAGCUUCAUUAUGUAAAUACAUGUCUUUCAUCAUUAUUCUUUGGUUUGGCGCUUGAAUCAAAUUGUUUGAGUACAGUUUGGCUUCACGGAUAGAGUCAUUCAAUGCCGGCCAGUGUGUCCAGUGCCUUCUGCGCGCCUCAAUGCCACGAGUCCUGAUUGUGACAUACUAUACAAUCUUCGCCCUGUUCGCUUUGUUUACCUCUUUAACAAAUACAUGUUUAACAAAUAACAAUACUCGAUGAAACUGGAAAACUCAGAAUUAGUCAUACUACAGAUAGAAUGUUCAUCGUUUUUAAACUGUUUUAUAAAAGUUUCAUUAGAAUGUACGAAUUAAAUCUCGGGGAAAACCCCGGGCAAUGAUGUCAAAUGUCAAUAUUUCGUUAGUUUCGCUCAGUAUAGUUUUCUAGGAACUGAAUUGUCUCUAGGUUUAGAAACAAUUAUCAAUGAAACUAGAAUUCAAGUAAGUCACGGCUCUGUAUAAAAAAAUCAACUUUUUCAGGCCGACCCUGGGUCACUUUGCUCAACGCUAUGCUUCAAGAAUUUACAUUAUUUCUUAUUGUAUAAAAAUAUGCGAAUAUUUUGAUAUAAUACAAAACAAUUCAGCGCAAACAGCUGUAACCCAUUUGAACGUCUCAGUUAUUUAAUCAAUGUUAUUCCUUUUUUCAGUAACAAUUAGAAAGGUUCUGAAAAUUAGAAUUAAUUUAUAUUCUUCUUUCCGACAAGCUUUAAAGGGUGACAAAUUUGCAAGUGAUAACUAAUGUCAUUCUUACACGCCAGCAACUUCGAAGAACAGUCUACUGUUCUCGGAAUUUUCCACACUCAGAAGUAGAAAAGGAACAUUUCUACAUUAUUGUUUACCGUCAUUCUCAUCUGUCAACAUAAAAUCUACUGUCUGUCGAAAUCGUUUAAGGCCCUGUCACACUAUUGAGUAUCGUACUAGCGUAUGCCAGCGUAUGAAAAAUAUCACUCAUACGCCGGUAUACGCUGACAUACGCUAGGGGUACGCUAGGCAUAGGUUGUAUACGUUUCAAGCACGGUCGCAUACGGUGGCAUACGGCGAGGCAGAAAUUUUUUUUAAACAUGUUCAAAAAUUUUGUGCGUAUUGGACUAUGCUUUAUACGAUAAGCAUACUCUAGGCACACGCUCAAUACGCUAGAGGUACGCCAGAUGUACGGUACUCAUACGCUGGCAUUGCAAAGGAUUUUUGUGCGUAUGAAAAUAUAUUUCAUUGAUUUUCAUACGCUUCUCAUACGUUUCUCUCAUACGCAUAUUAGUGUGACAGGGCCUUUAGGUUUACCUAAAGGCCCUGUCACACUAUUACGUAUCGUACUAGCGUAUGCCAGCGUAUGAAAAAUAUCACUCAUACGCCGGUAUACGCUGAUAUACGCUAGGGGUACGCUAGGCAUAGGUUAUAUACGUUUCAAGCACGGUCGCAUACGGUUGCAUGCAUACGCUGGCAUACGCCGAGGCAGAAAUUUUUUUUUAAGCAUGUUCAAAAAUUUUGUGCGUAUUGGACGUAUGCUUUAUAAGAUAAGCAUACUUUAGGCACACGCUGAAUACGCUAGAGGUACGCCAGAUGUACGGUACUCAUACGCUGGCAUUUCAAAGGAUUUUUGUGCGUAUGAAAAUGAUUUCAUUAAUUUUCAUACGGUUCUCAUACGUUUCUCUCAUACACAACAGUGUGACAGGGCCUUAACGUUGCAUGAUCACAAAUUGCGGCUGUAGUAGAAGUAGAACACCAUUAUUGUAAACACAAAAACCUCGUGCAAUACUGUCUAAGACUACUAUUUAAUUCAAUACAAAGAAAGGGAAAUCAGAGAGCAACGAAACAUUUCAUCGUCAUUUGAUUGACAUGUUUACGCUCAGCGAGUACAUUUCUUUCGGUUAGGAGUUUUCCCCGAGAUUAAUUCGUACAUUCUAUAAAACGAAACUUUAUAUAACAGUUUAAGGUAAACAAACCAAUGAAAGUUAUGUCUGUAGUAUGACUAAUUCUGAAUUUUCGAAUUUCUUUGAGACAUUUUAUUUACAGGAGGUAAACAAAGCGAACAGAGCGAAGUUCGUAUGUCACAAUCAGGACUGAUGCCGUCAUGGCAUUGAGGCGCGCAGAAUUCGAACACACUGCAGGACACACUGGCAUUGAAUGACUAUCCUUGAAGCCAAACUGUACAGUCAAACAAUUUCAUUCGAGUGCAAAACCAAAGAAUAAUGAUGAAAGACAUAUAUUUACAUAAUCAAGCUUCAUUCAGUGUAGUGUAAGGUGGUUUUAUUUGUUAAUAUCAAGAAUUAUGUUUACCGAUAAAGUAUGCUCGAUUUCGACACAUUUUCAAAUUUUACAAAGUUUGCGCGCUUGUCAUUUUUGUCAAAUGGUAGAACAGAAAGAUAUUAUUGGCGAUUUGUGUUGACUAAUGUUAGUAGUUUAUAGAAAAGUUAAAGUCAUGUGCCAAUCAAGUGCCACGAUUUUGAAAUAAGCUUUCGAAGUUGACAUAUUUUGAGACGAUAUCCUUUAUCCGUUCAGGAGGGUCAAUAACUGCGCUGUUUUCUAUUUUAUACCAAAGAAUAAUGAUCUAAGUCAUAUCACCCGCGAAAAUAGAAGGAUAAGUCUAUAUUUAUGAGCAAAAAUUUUGAAAUUUAGGUAUGAAUUUGAUUUAAAAAAUAGCGCUGAAAAUAUGUCGAUAUUUGGCCUUCAUUCGGAGUAUGAAGUUGGUUACCAGUCGAUCGAACAUCAAUCGCCCCCCAAAAUAAUUUAAAGGAAAUUUGAGUAAAAUGACAUCGAUUUUAGUUGUUCCCAAGGAUAGAUCUUCAAAAUACUAGAGUAUGAGAGAAAUCUAUUUUUGAGCCCCAUACUGACCUGGAGGUUUUUACGGAGACAGCCUCUUAAGGAAUAGAAAGCAAGUGUGUUCUGUUAAUGAUCAAACUUCUUCUGCAAGAACAAUAAUAUGCGGAAUUCCGCAAGGAUCCAUGCUUGGUCCAUUAUUGUUUUUGCUAUAUAUUAAUGAUAUGCCUGACAUUUUAGAAAGGACAACCCCAUGUCUUUAUGCCGACGACACUCAGAUAUCUUCCUCUUCGCAUGAUUACGAUACAUUGAUUGACAAUUUGAAUAUGGACCUUUCCAAUAUUCAUAAAUGGCUUGCUAAAAACAAACUAAAAUAUCAUAGGAAAAAAAACAAAGGUCAUGUUUAUUGGAUCUACGCAUAAUCUAAAUCAUAAAAUAGGAAAUAGACCCGUUGAGAUUAACAAAAUCCCAGUCCCACAAACCAAUAAAUUUAAAUGUCUAGGUGUAAAUCUAGAUGAAAAAUUAAGUUGGGAGAAACAUAUUGAUUCUGUAUGCCAUAAGAUUAGCGCUGGAAUAGGAGCAAUUAAAAGAAUAAAACCUUAUGUUCCACACAAAACCUUACAUGAUGUCUACAAAACAUUAAUUCAGCCUCAUUUCGAUUACUGUUCUCCCCUGUGGGAUAACUGUGGUUUGGGACUUCAAGACAAAUUGCAAAAAUUCCAAAAUAGAGCAGCAAGGGUGAUUACCGGAGUUGACUACGAUGUAAGAUCGUCUGAAGUCCUAAACAAAUUAGGCUGGGAAACCCUGGCUAGGAGACGAGAACAAAACAAGCUAGUAUUGAUGUAUAAAGUCUUGGGGAACCACACUGCGCCAAACCUUAAAGAUCUUUUUUCUCGGAGAAAUGCAUCGCAGAAUAUUUAUGAUUUACGCAAUAGCGAAACUGAUCUCUCGUUAAAAAAAACGAAAACGAAAUUUCUAAAGAAAACAUUUGGAUACAGUGGAGCAAUUCUAUGGAAUAGUCUCCCGCAAGAUGUCAAGGCGGCUGAGUCAAUUACGUCAUUUAAAACAAUGGCGAAAUUGCAUUUAAACAGAUGAUAAGCUAAUGUCUCCAGGACCAAAUGAUGGGAGGACAAUAUAGAUUGUGGGCGGGAGGGGGGUUAGUUUUGCGUGAGGGUGGGUGGGUACUUGUUUAGGGGGUGGAGGUUUGGGAUGAAGAUGAUAAAAUUUUAGGGUGGGAUUCGUUCAUAUUUUGUUCUAUAUAUAAUUAACAUUUAGCUCUUUGUGUGUAUACGCCCUUCGUGGAAACCAGUUGUAAAUAAUUGUCGAAGUUAGCGUAUUGAAAUAAAGUUUUACAUUACAUUACAAGGUUGCUCACGCUGAGGACAAGGUUCCUCACGCUGAGGACAAGAUUCCUCACGCUGAGGACAAGGUUCCUCACCCUGAGGACAAGGUUCCUCAUGGUGAGGACACGGUUCCUUAUGCUGAGGACAAGGUUCCUCACGCUGAGGACAAGGUUCCUCAGGCUGUGGACAAGGUCCCUCAAGCUGAGGACAAGGUUGAUCACGCUGAGGACAAGGUUCCUCACGCUGAGGAUAAGGUUCCUCACGCUGAGGACAAGGUUCCUCACGCUGAGGACUAGGUUCCUCAAGCUGAGGAGAAGGUACCUCACGCUGAGGACAACAUUCCUCACGCAGAGGACAAGGUUUCUCACGGUGAGGACAAGGUACCUCACCAUGAGGACAAGGUUCCUCAUGCUGAGGACAAGGUUACUCACGCUGAGGACAAGGUUCCUCACGCUGAGGACAAGGUUCAUCAAGCUGAGGAAAAGGUUCCUCACGCUGAGGACAAGGUUCCUCACGCUGCGGACAAGGUACCUCACACUGAGGACAAGGUUCCUCACACUGAGGACAAGGUUCCUCACUCUGAGGACAGGGUUCUUCACGCUGAGGACAAGGUACCUCACACUGAGGACAAGGUUCCUCACGCUGAGGACAAGGUUCCUCACGCUGAGGACAAGGUUCCUCACGCUGAGGACUAG